AUGGACGCUUCUCAGUACCUUGCCCGUGAUAGAAACACGACCUCAGUCUCUUACCUGCCGCAUCCCGCCAUCAUAUCUCGCCAACUUCAGCGCAUCAACUCUCCGUUGCCUCACCAGACUCUGCCGCCUUUGCAGCCGCAGACCAUAACCACCCUGGACCAGAUGCACGGCAGCAACCCUCGCACUCUUCGCACUUCCGCGACUCCUAAGACGCCGGGCCCCCGGAUUACCAUGUUGCCGUACCAACCUCAACAGCAGCAGCCUCGUGGUCCGUACCAGCAUACGGGCCAGCGCCCUGCCCCACCCCAGGCGCACGGCACUCAGUCCAUGCUGCCCCAGACCACGAUGGGCUCUGCACACUCUCAGCCCAUCGCGCCUGCCCCGACAUCUGGACAUGUUUCUCCUGUGCUGGAUUCUAUGCCUGCUAGUGGUGCCAAGCCUCGGUCGGGUAUGACUUAUCCCCACGGCGCUGGCGAUGUCAUGUCCGGUGGCAUGGAUGGUGUCGACCAGCCUCAACACGUCGUCGGCUCUUGUGGUCGCCGUGAAAUUCUCCCCAGCGCUCCUGGCCGUCCUGCCGCUACUCCUGCUAGCACUGGCAACACCAAGAGCACCGUGAUACCGGCUAGAGAUGCUGACGGCAAGUUCCCCUGCCCUCACUGCAUCAAGACCUACUUGCACGCGAAGCAUCUGAAGCGUCACCUCCUGCGCCACACGGGCGAGCGCCCAUACGGGUACGUGAAAUGUGGCGGGAGUUUCUCGAGAAGUGAUAUACUCAAGUGUCACUCUCAGAAGUGCCUCAGUCGCCGGAGUAACUCGAUUGGUGCUAGUCACUUAUCUCGCUCCGCAGCUCAUGUCGAGAAGGAGUCUAGUAUGGAGAAUGGAGCUCUUGGUCAGGAUGGCGGCCUGAACCACCUCAGUGGUCCGGACAACGUGCUUGCGGAUGGCACGGUUCAGUCUUUUGGUAUGAUGGCUGUGCCGGACAGGAUGAACCAUCUUGCAAAAGAUCAGAGUCAGUUGUCGUGCGCCGGUAGCUUCACAAGGCUUGGCGAUGGCAGUACCCAAGACGGAAAGGAUUCUAUAGAAUCUGCCAUUGAAGAUUCUGGACCAGUUGGCAAGAUGCAGAACUCCACCAUGGGUCUGGAUCAAGAUGAGAAGCUAUCGAAUGGCGAGCCCAGAUCGGGAAAGCAAUCAAAGCUUGAUAGAACUCAGAUUCGCCAGGCUGUUGCGCAACGGGCCCGUCUAGAUCAUGCCGAAUUCGCUCCCAAUCGUCCUGCCCAGACGCGGAUCGCAACCGACCUGGUCCCUACUACUGGCGUUCAAAGUCGACAAAGACCUCCUGCCCCCCCGAAUCACCGUGUUUCCUUUUUCCUCUCGACCUGGAACGUACCGCCAUCGAUCCAAAGCCCCUUUUCAUUUCUGUCCGACCGGAUCCUCAGCUUCCUCCUUCCUCUAGGUACCCCGACAAUCGACGAAUAUGCCGGUUUCAACUUAUACUUCUCCGCCGAAAAUGUUCGCGAAUUCUUGGAAACUUACACUCAUGUUCAUACCCAUUCGCCAUUUUUCAAUACACCCGCCUUCCGUAUCAUGGAUGCAUACGCUGGCUUGUUGAUAGGCAUGUGCUGCUUCGGUGCUUGCAACUCGAAUCAUCUCCCACCAGAUCACGUGCGCGACAUGAUAGAUACUUUCACGUCCGCACCGGUUCGUGAUUUACUGUUCUUGGACGACUCGGUGGGGGAAAAGCAGAAUGACAACGUUGGCGCAGGCAUAUCAAGCUACGGUCAAUGGGAUUUGGAGAAAGCCCAGGCUAUUGCCCUGCUCGACAGUUUGAUGGCAUAUAAAAGCAUGCCCUAG